AAAGUUGAAGGAAAAAUCGCAAAAAUAGGAAACGAAGAUGAGAUGUUUACUACAAAUAGAGUGAGAAGAAGAAGAAGAAGAUGAGAUGUUAGUGAAAAUAGAACAUUUAUCGCUUUACGUUUUUUCGGCUUUCAUAUUUUCUACUCUACUAUUUUGUCAUGGUUUCUUUCCACUAUCAUUUUCAUCACCCACCAAAUCAAGUCCAUUGGAUUUUCCAAAUUCGUUGGACAAUGUCAAGCUCGAGUCGGUUCCAUUCAAAACGCAACAAUCUUAUGGUGUUCUGAUGGUCAUCGACGCCUUACGGACUGACUUUGUUAUGCAGGCAGAAAAUAUGCCAUUCAUAAAUCAACUGAUUGCUAACGGAAGCGCUUGUCGGUAUAGCGUACAAGUUCAUCCCCCAACUGUGACAAUGCCUAGAAUUAAAGCUAUGACAUCUGGGGCAAUCCCAAGUUUCCUUGAUGUUGUUUUGAAUCUAGGAAGUCCUGAAACUAGUAUCGACACAUUCCUGUACCAAAUGGCUUAUCAGAAUCAGCGAAUUGUGUUUUAUGGAGACGAUACGUGGACACGUAUGUUUCCGAAAUUGUUCCAUAGACGAGGAGAAAACACUGAUUCACUUUUUGUAAACGAUUUUUAUGAGGGAGACAGGAAUGUUACAAAAAACAUGCAUUACGAGUUUGACAAUUUAGAUUGGAAGUUAAUGAUUCUUCAUUAUUUAGGACUUGAUCAUAUAGGUCACGUAGAAGGGCCGUUUAGUGACAAGAUAGCCAGUAAGUUACAGGAAAUGGACAAUGUCAUUCGAAAGAUUGUUGAAACAAGUCAAAAAAGGGAUGCACAAUUGCAAACUGAAUCGUUCAUAGUGAUCACAGGGGAUCACGGAAUGCGUGAUUCCGGAGGUCACGGUGGAUCCACUUAUCCGGAAACACAUGUUCCACUGAUUUUUAUUGCGAGCAACUGUUCGAAGAGCAAUCAAAUUUUCCUUCAGAUUGACAUUGCUCCUACAUUAGCGAGUUUGGUUGGAGUACCUAUACCAUUUUCUUCUAUAGGUUCAGUAAUAGAUCCGGCUCUAAAUGGAAUUCCACCGGUCGAUAGAAUGUAUUUGGCAUAUUACAAUACCAAAAGACUGAUUGAAAAAAUUCAAACAUUUUAUGAAAACAGUCUAAAACAACAAGACUUUUUCAUACAGUACAAAGAAGCUAAAUUAUUACACACAAUGUUCCUAGAAAACCAAGAUGAUUUGGAAAUUUUCGAUAAAGGGCUGAACAAGUAUUCAAUUGUCAGUCGAAAGAUAUCGAAGCUUUUAAUCAAGAACUACAUUCAGUACGACAUGCUUAGCAUAUUAGCCGGAAUUUAUAUGAAUAUUGUGACUUCAAUAUUAGCUAUUCUCUUGCUAAUCAUUCCACAAAAUACUAAAAUUAAAAUUCAACUAAAAUUUUUAAAUUUCGCUACUUUUGCAGUGUUUGGAGUUUUGGUCAAAUAUUUCAUGAAGCAAUGCUUCUCACUGGAGUAUAGUUUUAUUCAAAACAGCUUCUUAUACAAUGUGCUCUUUUUGUUGUAUCUGGUGAUAAUUUUUGUUCACUAUGGAACACUUGUUGCGUUACUUAAUUUGAUUAAACAAAUUAGUUUGCAACAUUUUAGACUUACAAAACUUACUAGUUUAUUACUGUUCGGGUCAAUUUUCCACACUUUAUCAUUUUGUAGUAGUUCAUUUAUUGAAGAAGAGCAUCAAAUCUGGUAUUAUUUCGUCAAUUCUCUAUUUUUGUUGCUAACAUUGCUAGAGUUGAAAAUCAUGAACAAAACUAUCAAUAGGAUCAACCAUUCGAAGACGAACGAGCUUGUUCUGUCAUAUUGUCGAAAAGACAGGACUAAAUUCUGUAUUCGUGCAACCUUAUUUUUGUUUGGUCAUAUCAUUCUUCGGCGUUGGAAUCAAACCGGCGAUAAAUGGCAGCAUAUUCCGGAUAUUGGAGAUUGGCUUGUGAGAGAUCAAAAUAAAUUCUGGUUGAGUUUAGUAGUGUUCGCUGCACUGUGCUACAAUAUGAUAGUUAUUGGGCAAAUGACUGGGUUCCUCACAACAGUAUUAAGCAUGACAGCAUGUUUGCUAGUCUACUAUUACAGACUGAUGACAGGAUUUGUUAGCAUGUUUGGGAUAGUUCCAUCCAAAACAAACACUUGCUUAACCAUUUUUUGGAUCAAUCUCAUAGAAAUUUUACUAUUAGGUCUCCUGCCAAAACUUUAUAGAACUGUAAUGAGUAAAGCAGUACAAAAAUCUAGUCCAGUUUUAACCAGUAUCAUAACAUUUUGUUCACUGUUAUCAAUGCUCAUUCACAAACCUCAUAACGUAGUUUUGGUUGGAGCAUUAUUGUCCAGCAGCCGUUACAUAGUAGCAAGAAUUGAUCAUAUUAGCGAGAGUAAGUCUGAAAAUCUAUUACUCAAAGUCAUUUCGCACAUUUGGUUGGGAAAACUAUUUUAUUUCUAUCAGGGUAACUCAAACAACCUCGCCACCAUCGAUCUCAACGCCGGUUAUGUAGGACUAAGCAGUUUCAAUUUUACCUGGGUUGGACUGUUCUUGACAUUGAAUACUUUUAAUGGUCAAAUCUUGAGUUAUUUAAUAUUACUUCACUGCCUGAUGACAGGCCGCCAUCGCGAGAACAACACAGAAUGUUCAGAACAGAAUCGAGCCACUGUUUCGCAAUUAUUAAUGAAAGUACUGAGUUUAGCUAACAUUCUCCCGUUCACUUUUUACAUUAUCAUCGUAACAUUGAUGCGAAAUCAUAUAUUUGUGUGGACAGUGUUUUCACCGAAAGUAAUAUAUGAUUGCUUUUACAUGGGCUUGAUUAUGCUUCAACUAGUUACAGUAUAUGUUGUAUUUCUAUAGAGACAUGAUAGUACCAAAGAUACAAAGAUACUAAACAAUAAAAACAAA